AUAUAUAUGUAGUGUAUCAAUGUACUUUAUCGACCUAAAUGUACAUAUCUACGAACAGCAGAGGAAGGCCUUUAGAAUCCCCCACCAAAUAAGUGCACGUGAAAUCAAACUUAUUUGUAUCUUUUUGUUUCAGAACAUUGUUGACUUCACAACCCGUCCCUAUUCUUGAAUUAUAUUGCUGUACAAAUAUAUACCACCGACUCCCUCUGCUGGUGUUUGAUGAAAGUCAAAUGUGGCCGAGCAGAUGUUCGUGGAGAUGUCAUUUCUAAGCAGGUGCUCGUGACAUGGUCACUGUAGAGGGAUAUUACCCAAUCAAUAUUGAUUUAGUGCAGGUGCCUCCAUGGCGAAACGACGCAUUGCGUCACUAAUACGCCGAGUAGUAACGGUAAUCAGCUCGUUUCACUUCGGAACACAAGGCACACGGCACGUCACUCGGGCAAGAUGGCACAGAGUUUGAUGUUUUGGAAGCGAAAGGACGAGAUUUCCACCGAGGAGGCGAUAGAGCGCCUUCGAAAUCUGCAAGAACUUCUGUCUAAAAAAACCGAUUACCUUGAAAACAAAAUUGAUGCUGAAACGAAAACUGCAUUGGAAAACAGAGGGAAGAAUAAGAGAGCCGCACUCCAGGCCCUGCGACGUCGAAAGCGAUAUGAGAAGCAGCUGCAACAAGUGGACGGAACGACGGCGUCACUGGAGGUGCAGUUGGAGGCGUUAACAUCGGCUUCGGUGAAUGUCGAAGUCGCCAGGUGCCUGAGGUUGACGUCAGAGGCGAUACAACGUACCUUCGGUAACAUGACAGCGGACAAGGUGGCGGACCUGAGAGAUGAGGUGUCUGACAGGAUGGAGGAUGUAGAAGAGAUUGGCAACAUCCUGGCACAACCUCUUGGCGGCGAGGAAUUCGAUGACGAUGAUCUUCUGGCGGAGCUUGAGGAAAUGGACCAGGAUGAUCUCAUAAACAAACUGAGCGACAUCCAAUUGCCCUCUGUGCCAACCGAGGAGCUCAAGACAAAAGGCGACAAAAAGACCGGGAAAGCGAAAGAGGAAGAGGAGGAAGAUAGAGAAAUGAGGAAGUUGGCUGAAUGGGUGUGACGUCACUCCUUGUGGAGUGACGUAACACCAUCCUCUACGACCCAGAAGGGUUUUUUUUAUCUCCCUUCUGCUAGUAUUUAAUACUUGUAUUUGUCAAGUUGGAAUCUAUGGAUUAUAUGUACAGAUAGUAACUUAAAUACAAAAAUAGAUGUGACGUGUGGCCCAACUCCAUCCUUUACGAUUUUAUUCUCCCUUCCUUUCUGCUUCUAUUCUACGGGUAGCACAUUCUCUUCCUCCGUCGGAAGAUAUGACAAGUAACCUCUGUGGGCAGAGAAUGCGUAUAGCACGACACUAGACGAACUUUGUGACUGAGAUGAUGAGGUGUGUGUUCAGGGAGACACUGGCAUCGUUAUAUCCAGGAUCGAGAGAAGAAUUGAAGCAUGUAAAAAGGAUUGGACCCGGGAGCACAACAUCAAAAGAAUGUACCAAAAAAUGUAAUACCUUUGCCAAUUAAUACUAUCACCAUGUGUAAACUGUUUAUAUGUAUUUUCUGAGAGAGAGAGAGAGAGAGAGAGAGAGAGAGAGAGAGAGAGAGAGAGAGAGAGAGAGAGAGAGAGAGAGAGAGAGAGAUAUGUCAACUGUAAUUGAUAAUCUUGCAAUUGGUGCCAAUACCAACGGCAUUGAUGAAAUAACAUGGCAUUUUACUAUUAAAGAAUUGUCAAAGAAUAUAAUUUAUUAUAAUAGUUUAAACUAAAGGAUAUCCUCAAUCACUUGUGGUCAUAGCCUUAAUAACCUGUAUAUAUUUGGGAAAAUGUUCCCCUAUUAUAUGUAUGUAUGUGUGUGUGUGUGUGUGUGUGUGUGCGUGCGUGCGUGCGUGCGUGCGUGCGCGAGGUAUUCAUGUACUUAAUUCUAUACAUUGUAAUUACAUAACCAUAAUGUUUUGAGGGUCUUCUGAACUAUCUGGAGGAAAUAAAGACAUUCAUCAUCUUCA